AUGUUGAACAAGGCUGUAGUCCUUAUGGAGAUGCUGGAGUCAUCUGUUCAGAAGUCCGACUGGUUGGAGGUUCUCGCUGCUCUGGGAGACAGUGUGAAUGUGAGACUGGUAAAUGGUAGCAGUCGCUGUGCUGGUAGAGUGGAGGUUCUUCACAGAGAUCAUAAUCAUUCCAGACUUAUUAUCGGACCUCACUUGUGCUCUGGGAGAUUGGAGAUAUAUCAUAACCAGACGUGGAUGUCAGUGUGUGACGCUGUCUUUGACCAGCAGGAUGCAGAGGUUGUGUGUAGAGAGCUGGACUGUGGGGCUCCUGUACAGGUGCUGGGAGCAGCUGUUUUUGGCAAAGGAGACACUCAGAUGUGGACACAAGAGAUUCAGUGCAGAGGAAAUGAAUCGCAGAUUCACCUCUGUCCAACAUCACCAUCACAUGACAACUGUUCACAUGACAAUGAUGUGGGAGUGAUGUGUUCUGGUUACACUGAUCUCAGGCUGGUAAAUGGUUCAGACUCUUGUUCUGGUCGAGUUGAACGUCAGUACUCCAGUAAAUGGGGCACAGUGUGUGAUGCAUGCUGGGAUAUGAGAGCUGCCAGUGUCCUCUGUAGACAGCUGAAUUGUGGGAUUGCUGUGUCUGUUGUGGGAUCAGACUGGUUUGGAGAGGGAAGUGGUGAAAUCUGGGCUGAUGUGUUUAAUUGUGACGGGAAUGAAACAAAACUCUCAGAAUGUUCCAUC